UGUAUUUUUAUAUCCACGCAAACGGGAAUUCCAGAUAUCCCAGCAUUCACAGGGAAAGAGACGACGCCCGUAACUAAAAAAGGCUAGUCCUCUUCACAUCAGAAAAGUAAAUAGAAGUAUAUGAGCACACAACCAAAUAAUUGACGUAUGUUACACAGGCUCUGAUGACAUCGGACAUCAUGUAAAGAAGGUUGUUAAAUUCAACCCACACUUCUAAAUGACUAUUGAAUGUUUAGAUUUUGAUGCAACUUUUCUGUCCUUGGUUUUACAGAAUAUUUAGACUUUAAGACAACAGACUGAAAGAAGAGUUAUUGCUGCUGUUGUAGAAAAAUAACGACUGUAAAAGAUCUUAAAAUGGAUACAAAUCAGAGAAAAUCUGGCUUUGUCCCAGGACAUCAUGAAGCUGAGAUCUGCUAUGGAGGUGAAGCUGACUUACACAAGCACUAUACCGGCUGUAAGAAGAAUCCAGGUCAUGUCAAUUUUAUACCUGUUAAUGAUUUUAAUUUGGAUCAUCUCCCCUCACGUUACCGUGACGUCAUCAUGUUGGAGCUAAUCAAAGCUUUGUCUGCCCUAACGGUCAUGAUAAAGGUCAAGUACACCAGUCUAGAGAGACCAGAGUCUGAUCCAUGCUUCAGUGGUCAGUAUCCAUUUUAUAACACCAGAGGAAGUGACGUGUUGAGGACAGGGACGGGGAGGGUGUGGCGUGUGUACAAGUACACAGAGAGUGACAACAAGGGCACUUGUCCAUGUGGCAAGUGUCAACACUCGGACACACCCAGCAAAGUGUGGGGGGAGGUUCAUGUGAGGACAGCCACACACGUGGUGUUUGAUGACAGUGAGGCGAGACAGACCAGGUGUGUUUUAGGUUUUGAUGACAAUAAAAGUCCUGGGGUCAGUCUUGAUGGCUGGAGGGUGGAGAGGGCAGACAUUGAGGAAGACGGGUGUAUGUUUACAUGUGUGUCAUGUGACUUAGAGUUAGUUGAUGAACUGGACAAGAUGUGUCGGCGCUUUGGUCGUCUAUGUAGGGAAGUAGAGGACAAAUACUGGAGAUUUGGUUAUGUGGACAAGUUGACCAUUAUCGUGUCACAUCCUCAUGGCUGUCCUAAACAGGUCUCUGUAGGACAAUGGACACACAUACGUGAGAGGAAAGGUUGGUACAAGUUCACGUACACAACAUGUACAUGUCCAGGCUCCAGUGGAGCACAUGUCUACAUGCCGGGAUAUGUCGUGUGGUUGUGGUCACGUCCCCACAGUGGAUCAAACUCUGAAGGAAAUUAUAGUGGGGAGGAUGUGGUGUGUUGAUCCAUCUGUAACUGUUGGUUCUCUCCCCUUGUCUAAUGUAACUGUUGGUUCUCUCCCCUUGUCUAAUGUAACUGUUGGUUCUCUCCCCUUGUCUAAUGUAAACAAACAAAAUGGCGGCUCCCUUCAUUAAACUUGUGCGUGUCAAGGCUUGAAUGUCUUCAUCAGCAACUUUGUAUUCUGGUGAAGACAAGAAAUAAAUUGUUUGGUUUCUUUCAGACAUUUGUUUAGAGUUGUUAGACACAUAAACAAAAUAUAAACAAAUGUUUAUUGUUGAGAAAUGAAAUAUUUAUGGCUACACUUGUAUCUUUGUUUUGUUUAAACCUCCACAUUAGAUUUGUCAUCGCCAUCAUUAUCUUUAUUUAUACUUUAAUUCAUGUUUGAAUUUGUUUACAAACUGUUUGUAUUUGUUUACAAUCUGUUUGUAUUUGUUUACAAACUGUUUGUAUUUGUUUACAAUCUGUUUGUAUUUAUUUACAAACUGUAUGGAUGUCAAUAAAUUUGUACAAGAU